AUGGAGAGAAGUAAGGAUACAUAUCAGCAUGGCUUACUUAACCAAGGAGAUGAAAAUGAGAUGGAAACUUUUGGUUACAAGGCACAGUCAAUUCGAAGAAUGGUUUGUGUUGUUGGAUACAUCAUCUCCUGUGGCUUUCUUUGGCUUAUAUUCUACUGGAAACCAGAGUGGCAUGUGUGGGCACAUUGUAUUCCAUGCAGCUUGCAAGAAGCUGACACUAUACUACUUAAAACUACAGAUGAAUUUGAGCAAUACUGCAGAAAAAAUGUGAUUUGGAUCCAACCGCAGAACCUGAAUAUAUCAAAAACAACCACAACUGUGACGCCUGUGAUUGCUGACAGCAAAUCAAUUAUCAGUAAAUCCAUUCAAAAGCCUGACUUGAAGGUUAAAAUGAUACGGGUUCAAAAAAUCAGUUAUGUUUGGGACCAAGAAGAACAGAAAUUUGAAAGAGCUGGGGUUUUGGAGGAUAGCCUAUCCUGUUAUGAUAUCCACUCUAAGUUUGCAUAUGGACUGACAACUGAAGAGCAAAACAUCAGAAGAUCAAUAUGUGGACUGAACAAAAUUGAGGUUGAUGUUGUGCCAAUUUGGAAGUUACUUUUAAAAGAGGUUUUAAAUCCAUUCUAUGCAUUUGAAGCAUGCAGUCUGGCUCUGUGGCUUGCAGUGGGUUUUAUAGAAUACUCAAUUGCCGUUAUUAUAAUGACUCUUAUAUCUAUCAUCUUUACUGUGCAUGACCUCCGGAAGGAAUCUGUAAAGCUUCACAAUCUAGUUGAAUCCAAUAACAGUGUAAAAGUCACUGUGCGCCACAAAAAUGGAGAAUGCAAAGAGAUUGAGUCGCAAUGUUUGGUGCCGGGAGAUGUUCUUGUUCUUACAGGAAAAAAGCUAUUUUUACCAUGCGAUACCAUACUGAUCACUGGGGGAUGUAUUGUAAAUGAAAGCAUGCUCACAGGUGAAAGUGUUCCUGUUUGUAAGAUUCCACUUCCCCAUCUUGAUCGUACCAUGCCCUGGAAAGAACACAGUGGUGAGGACUUCAAAAGACACAUCCUUUUUUGUGGAACAGAAGUAAUUCAGACAAAAUCAGCAGGUCAUGGUCACGUGAAGGCAGUAGUUCUAAGAACUGGUUUUAACACUGCGAAAGGUGAUAUGGUCAGGUCUAUCCUCUACCCAAAGCCUAUGAAUUUCAAGCUGUACAGAGACGCUUUCAGAUUUCUAAUGAUUUUGGCAACUGUUGCUGUAAUUGGAACAAUCUAUACAGUCGCUGUUUUUGUCAUGAAUGGGGAAUCUCCUACUGAGGUGGUGAUCAAAGCUCUGAUCAUUAUAACCACUGCUGUCCCUCCAGCCCUGUCAGCAGCGUUGUCAACUGGCAUAAUGUAUGCUCAACGCAGACUUAAAACACAAGGGAUAUUCUGUAUUAGCCCUCAAAGGAUAAAUGUGUGUGGACGACUUAACCUUAUUUGUUUUGAUAAGACUGGUACUUUGACAGAGGAUGGCCUAGACCUUUGGGGAUUACUUCCUGCCAGUGAGAAGAGUUUUCAGAAAAUACUCAAUUUUACAUCUGGCAACACAUUGCCCUGGGGACCCCUACUUGGUGCUAUGAGCAGUUGCCAUUCGUUAGUAAACAUUGAUGGGACUUUACAAGGGGAUCCUUUAGACGUGAAGAUGUUUGAAGGCACACACUGGGAAAUCAACCAACCAGACUCUGAAAAUAAUGAAAUAUCAACAUCCAGUCUGAUUGUGAAACCUGGAUCAGCCUGUGAUAAGGUUCCAGUGGAAGGGAUUGCCAUUGUCCACCAGUUUCCAUUUUCCUCCAGCCUUCAACGCAUGUCUGUAGUGACCCAUGCCAUUGGAGAUGAUAAACUUGUUGUUUAUAUGAAAGGAGCUCCAGAAAUGGUAACAGCGUUUUGCAAAUCAGAAAGCGUUCCAAAAGGCUUUACAAGUGAGCUCCAGUUUUACACCACAAAGGGUUUUCGUGUUAUUGGACUGGCUUACAAAACAUUAGAAGGAUAUAAAAUUUCAGGGGAAUCUAACUUUUUAAGGGAGGAUGUGGAAUCCAAUCUGGAAUUUCUUGGCCUUUUAAUACUAGAAAAUAGAUUAAAACCUGAAACUAAACCUGUUUUACAGGAGCUCAGUUCUGCUAACAUCAGGACAGUAAUGAUUACAGGCGAUAAUUUACAAACAGCCAUAACAGUGGCAAAGACAUCAGGAUUAGUACCGGAGAACAGCAAAGUCAUCUUGGUGGAUGCGGAUGAGCCUGAUGGGUUAAAUCCUGCAAAGAUUUCCUGGCACCCAGUAGAAGGCCAUGAGGAGUGUUCAGAUGAUGAUAAAGUAAGAAAGAAUACACUGAAUAUUGAGAUUGAAAGAAGAACAAUUGAAGAAGAAGCAAUGGGUGGUUAUCAUUUUGCAAUGAGCGGAAAGUCAUAUCAGGCUAUUUUACAGCAUUUCCCGUGUUUAUUGCCCAAGUUGAUGGUGAAUGGAGCUAUUUUUGCAAGAAUGUCACCAGGACAAAAAUCAAGUCUUGUUGAAGAAUUUCAAAAACUUGAUUACUACGUAUGCAUGUGUGGAGAUGGCGCAAAUGAUUGUGGUGCUCUGAAAGUGGCUCAUGCAGGAAUAUCCCUCUCUGAACAAGAGGCAUCGGUGGCUUCUCCAUUCACUUCACGUACUCCAAACAUAAGAUGUGUACCACAACUGAUAAAAGAAGGGAGAGCUGCUCUUGUAACAUCAUUUUGUGUGUUCAAGUAUAUGACGCUGUAUGCCAUGAUACAGUUUAUUUGUCUUCUGCUCCUCUACUGGCAAAUAAACAUCCUGUCCAACUACCAGCUUCUUGUACAAGAUGUUGCUGUCACUAUCCUUGUCUGCUUAACAAUGAGUUUAAACCAUGCGUAUCCCAAGUUGGCUCCAUACAGACCUCCAGCACAGCUCAUGUCACCACCUUUAUUGCUUUCUGUUGUUCUGCAUUCAGUUUUAACUCUUGUCAUCCAAGUCUAUGGCUUCCUCCUUGUCCAGCAGCAGUCUUGGUACUCUCCAUUCCCUCCUAGUAUGUGCACAUCUGGUAAUGAAAGUAUGACCACCAAUGCUGAUAUGUUUCAUAACAACGGUAGUAUUAACAUAACAAGUCCAAAUACACGUCUAAAACUAAACAUCGGUCAUGAAAGCUAUGAGACUACAACCCUAUGGUACCUAACUACCAUUCACUGUAUAAUCGUUGCAUUUGUGUUCUCCAAGGGAAAGCCAUUUCGACAGCCAAUUUACACUAACUAUAUAUUCGCUUUGGUUUUAGUGGCUCAACUUGGAGUCAGCAUCUUUCUUUUAUUUGCUGACAUAGAAAAUAUAUAUAAUGUUAUGGAGCUUGUCUGCACUUCAACUUCCUGGAGAAUCACCAUUUUCAUUAUGCUGAUCAUCACUGUCAUUUUAUCAAUUUUAGCUGAAGAGCUGAUAAUAGAGAACAGGAAACUUUGGCUGCUCUUAAAGAAAUGUUUCAAAUACAAGUCAAAAAGCCAGUACAGAAAAACAAUCAGGUUGGUUGAGGCAGAUACCAACUGGCCUCCAAUAAAUAGGACAUACCGAACAAAACCAGUUAGUCGACAUACAAAUGAAAAGACAGAAGUGUACAUCAACCCAACAUUUGAAAAUGAAGAGUUUCUGAAGUAG